AGUUGUCGCUUGUCCACUUGACUCUCGCUCGUAACAGUGCCAAAAGUGCUUCAAAACACUCCGCUUCGUUCCCUGUCGGCUCCAUUUUCUUUCCUCUGCUCCUCUUUCCUCCUAUUUAUUUGCCACCUUCCUAUCUUUCUCACAACUAAUACAGUUCCUCUUUUUUCUCUAGGUGGAAAUUUAUCCACGCGCUCACGUUCUCUUCCUUCUUUUAUAUCUUCAGUCUUUCCCUCGAAAUAUCUCUCGAUAUCUCGCUGUGCCUGCCAAGGGAUUGCACGAGGCAGAGACGAUCGCGUGGGCGAUCGCGAUGCAUUGAAAGGUUCGGGCGAAGGUGAUUAAUCGCGGCUUGUGACUUGUGCGAUUGAUCGUGUUCAACUGACAAUGACCAUUGUGUCAUUCAGUUUGGCGGGAAAUCGAUCGUGCGUGAAAAUCGAGUAACAUAAACAUUGAAACGCCUGCGGCGCGCGAAGCUAGUCGCCGGUCGCGGUUUUACAAGAAGAGGAUUCCUCGAGAACGAUACGUUCAUGUUGCCAGAAAGCAACUUUCCCAUCACAGAUUCUACCAAAUCUGCAAUUCUAUUUUGAAGAGUUUAUCGCUGCUACGACGUUCCUCGUCUUCUGUUUGUCAAAUAGAUCGAAAAUCUUGAGUUGCAUUAUCCGAAUAUUCGCGGAAAAAAAACAACCAACGGAAAAUGAGAUCAUUCUGAUGAAACAAUCCUCCCGAACAGCCCCACAAUAAGUUACUGUUCUCCACGUGGGACGCCGUCGCUGCGCUGCGCGGUUUGCGCGGGUGUUACGCGUAAUUACGGAUCCAUAACGACGUCGUAAUCAGGCCAAUGGAUCACGGCCUGUUCUAGUGGGUCACAAUACUACCCAAAUGACAGCCGACACAUAGGCGAAUUCUCGCAAGGCGUUGAAACCCGAUCGACUAGGCCAAGUAUGGCUCAGGAAUUGCGGGUUUUCGGUGGGCUGCGCCGGAGUGUUGCCGGUUCUAUUUUCGCACAGGAAUAUUUUUAUCCGACGGUGCUGCGCAAAGUCACAAGUUCUGAAAAUAGUGGCUGCGCAAAUAACACCGCUGUGACUGUAAAAAUGAGCAGUGGAUGAUACAACCGGCUCUAGAAUUGGACGACGAAUUACUCGACUUGCGACAGGGGGCACUAUGCAGACCGAGGAAGUCGUGCCGCGUACUCAGUCCAUUGGCAUAGACAGUGGUCUCACCGACGGCGCUGGUUUGCAGCAUCAUUUGCAUCACUCGGCACAUUUACGUUGCCCGCUAUCGCCUCUGAUCCACAUGGCCGUCAAGCAGGAGCCUCAGGAGGAGGAAGAACGAAGUCGCGACGCUAGCACACUGAGCCCGCAAGUGGAUGUAAGUAACGUCGCGGGUUUGGUGGACAGCAAGCAUGGACAGCAAGUUGGUAAUCAAGUUCAGGGAUUGGAGGAAAAUCCGACGUUAACUACUCGAGACUCUAGCAACCGAGGACGAAGCAGUCGUGGCCGCAGGAAAUCACGAUGGAAGCUCAAGUUCCACCAUCAAGCGUUACCGCCGGAAUACUUGGAUCACUACGAAGCAUCACUGACCCAAGAAAAUCUCAAUUCGUCGCCACCACGCAUUAUCGAGCCAGCAGCGUCCAGUCCAGCGCCGACGAACUCGACGUCCACCCCAAGUCCCGUCGCUGACGUUCACGGCUGGUUGCAGCGAAUCGCGGCGAUGCAACAGGAGCUAUGUCCACAGAUCGCGCCAACGACCCUUGGCCAUAAUCAAGUUACCAGUACUAGGAGAUCCGUCAUCACGUCCGUGUCUUCGCAGGCUUGUACGACUUAUCCCAGUCAUCACAUCCAGCAGACACAGUCGCAAACGUCCAGCAGGCCCCCCAUGAAAUAUUCCGACCUGCCAUAUAUGGGUGAAAUCACCCUCGACAACAGUAAACCCAGACGUGGCCGGAAACCGAAGAAGGCCGACAUAUGUCAUUUGAUUUACAAAAAUUAUGGCACGAUACUGCCGGGCACGCCUGGCCACGAGGAGAGAAGACUGUCGCCCCGGGAUAAGCCGGACCCGAGGGAACGUGUGUCGCCUCAAGUACCUUUCCAAAGGACCGACGUUCAGAACAGAAUUAGCAGCUUGCUCGAAAAACGGCUGACUCAAGAGACUCGGCGGAGCUUCGCGUUGUCGGAGAAUUCGAGGGAGCAGGACGAACCACUGAAUCUCUGCAUCAGGGAUCUCAAUCAGCUCAAGAUUCGACUAUUGCGGAAACACGGGAACGUGUACGAGUCCGGCCAGGUGAAAAGCGAAACGUCUAGCGACGGUGAAGAAGUGGAAUGUCUGGGAACGGGCUUCUUGUCCGAACCAAUGAAUUACCCGGAGCCAGUUACUCAUCGGUCGAACAACAGUUUCGUCAAUCAUAAUAACAAUGUGAUCGAUCCUAUGAUCAAUCACAAUUCCGGCUUUGUGUACUGGCCGAAUGCCGGCGUGUUUAUUCAUCCAAUGGCGUUGCAGUCCCAGUUGCUAUAUUAUCAAAAAGUCGCCCAAAGUGACAAGUGCCCGCAGCCGACAACGGAUCAACCGCCGAGGGAGCAAAAGAUCGUGCCUAAAUCGAUAUACUCAAUGAUGGAAACGAAGAAUGCGGCUCAAGUGUCAGCGCUAUCUACAGCUCAAGCGAUACCAGUAUCAACUGCCACGUCCACUUCGCCAAGACCCAAGAGGAAUGCGCCUCUAAAUCAACAGCAGAGUCAACCAACUAAACGGAAGCGCUCCGCCAUAUUUAUACCACCAAUGCCAACCGAGAACAACAAUAAUCCAGCGACAGAAGUGAGCAUAUGUAAGUUCAAAUUUACCGGUGGCGCCAAACCAAGUUUACAAGAGAAGAAGAGCCUCUCUGUGGACUCGGGUGGCAAUUUUCGCUAUUACAGCGGAACCGGUGAUAAGAGCAUGCGCGGGUACGAGUUCUUUCCCAGAGAGGCUCUCCAGCAACCGGCAGAUCAAUCUGGCACCACUUCCGCCGCUGGGGCCUUUCUGAAUGCCGCCGGUGAGAGGAUCCAACCACCAACGACAUGUCAGAGAAGUCCGGUCGGCCAGGACGACGGCCGGCGAAAGAGGAAAACGAGAAAAUCCCUGCAGCGUGAAAAGUUGGAGCAGACUUUUAAGGAAAAGGGUUUCCUCAUUCAGACGCAACAGCUGGAAUCUGCGGAGGGUGCUACAUAUUGCAAGUUCCGACAGCUCAGAAAAUUCACCAGAUAUCUGUUUAGAAGUUGGAAAGACUAUUUGCCCGGUAACGUACGCGAAUUGAGCGGUUGUGGUAGCGGCGCCCCCGUUGCUAUAGAUAGCGACGUGGCUGACGUUGAAGUCGAUGGUGACGCCGCUCUCGUUCCCUCGCCACUUCCCCGUGGUAAUUUGCUAGACGUGCCCAACAGUUUUGUGGAGGAUCAUCGGACUUUACCCCUCACGUGAGGCCUAACAUUCGUGACGAACAAAAGUCGUGACACGAUGCGAUUCCUCGGUUCUUCAUUUCCUUCUUUGCUCAAUUUUUUUGCCUGCAUUCAUAAAUUCGCCAAAAAAUUUUUCAUGUGAAAAUCACACAUUUUUCCUAAACUCAUAUUUUAAAAAAGCAAAAAUCGUGUUUCAAACCUAGAUAACAGUGAAUAGUUGUAUGAAGAAGUCGAUCUUUAUUUAAUUUCUUCAUUUAUUCUAACUAUUCAAUUAAUCUCAACUACUAAUUCCUUUAAUAAUUUUCAUUUUUGACAUCCUGGAUUUAAGGAGAUUGAAAGGCUCUUCAAUAUCUUAACAUUCAAAGAUUAACAGCCUUUAAUUUUCCAAAUCGAAACCCCGUUAAAUAACAGCGAUAUAAAAAUCUUAUAGGACAUUAAUUUAAAUCCGAUACGUAAUUGUCAAAUUAUAUGUUAUAUAAAAUCGUAUCGUACAUAAGUAAUAACUUUUAAACACUUGUCAUUUAAAAACCAUAAUAUUACAGUGUCAACUUUGUUAGAAUUUUCUCCAAAUGGCUUCAGACAUCUGUCGUUAAUUUAUUAUGAUAAAAAUUUUGGCCACUAUAAUAUCGUGUCACGACGUGUCUCGCGAGAAUAAGGUAAACUCGAUCAUAGCUUAGUGCCAAAGAUGAGAGACUGGAAUGUACAUAAAAUCACAAUAGAGAACGGGUUAACCAAAGAGUGAUUUUGCUCUCGCCAUACUGGAAUUAGAAUUGUGCGAUGGUAAUUCGUUUUUAGAGAUUAUAUCGGACUGCGAUGCAUUUGGGAUGGUAUCAGAGUGAGACUUGUAAUGAGAUACCGUCGUAACUUUCUAAGCGAAAUAUCAUCUCUAACGAAAUCUAGUCGUAUUUAUACUCUUUUUAAAUUGUAAACAUGGUUUUUUGUUUUGUGUAUGAUGAACAUUUAUGUGGAGCUAUACUGUGUGCACGAUAAUAGUUCAGAUAAGAUAUGACAAAGAAACGCGAGAUUGUAUGCAACAAUCGACGUUGUGCACAAUUAGCUCGUUUCUUCGAUUCAUUUCUUCGUUUACGCACAUUGGGGCAAAUAUUUGGAUACUUCGGCCAAUAUAUUUAUAAAAAUGUGAUCUGUAUACUAAAUGCAACAAUGGAGGUAAGUACAAAAAUUACUUUUACAGAUUGGAAUCUUUCAUCUUUUCUUCUUUUCCGUUAAUGCUAUUGCUAUUUCGCACUCAAAACGUUUGGUAGUAUUUUAUCAGACUUAUUAUUGUACGUAUGUGUGUAAGCUGUUCAAAACGGAAUUUAAAAUCAAUGUAAUUUUAUUAGUUUUAUCUUCGAUACCACAUAAAAAUAUUUUUUUAUAUUAAUCGUGGCGAUUCCAUUAUUAAGAAAAGCAUAGAACGUGUUAUACGCUUGUUGAAAGUUUACAGCCCAUCAAUAUCUUACACGAGCAUUCAAUUUCUGGCCCCAAGUGCUAAAGACGCGAUGUUUCAUUGAAUAUCUCGUCAUGCCUAUGCUCCAUUAAGCAAGAUAACAAGUUGAAAACCGUCCUAUACUAGUGCUGUUGUUCUCCUUCGUGCGGCGACAAAUAAAAUUAUUUUAUACUUAUGCUCAUUGUAACGAGAAAUCCUUAUAGUCGGUAAUAAUAAAACAAAUUGUUAUUGAUAUGGCG